CUCUGUUUUGUGGUUCGAGAGGAAUGUAAACAUAACCUUACUUUGAACUAGUCUUUGUAGCUUUAGCUUUUAUGAAAGUGUUGAAUUUAAUAUCUGCAGAGCAUACAAACUCAAAAAUAAGAAAUAGCAGAGAGAUUGUUUUAAUUAAAUGAUUUAAAAACACUUAUUUCCCAGCCAAGUGAAUUUUAUGAUAAUUAGUACCACCGUCCAAGAUGUUAGCAAUAUAAAAAUUAUUUUUGGAAGAAUCACUAAAGAAUUUUUAUUUGUAGCAAUGGAAAACUAUCGUAAAGGUAAAAAUAUAGAAGAACCUUUAGAACGGAAUAAAAUAGCUAUACCGAACCUCCCCGAUAAUUUUCUUUGGAUGCAAGUGAAAGGUGGUAGCAAAAUUAGGAACCUUCUAUCAUACGCUUUGAAGGAAUUUACGACUGUUAACUCACUGGUAUGGACUGGCUCAGGUACAUCAGUCGGAAAAGCUAUCACUUGUGCAGAAAUCAUGAAACGCGAAUGUAAUAAUUCGUUACAUCAGAUUACCAAGUUGUGUUAUAGGCUUGUGGAGGAAUUCUGGGACCCUUUAAAUCCAGAGCUAGAUCAAAUAGUUGUAAAACGAAAAUUACCAAUGAUACACAUUUAUUUAUCGAAAGAUCCUUUAAAUACAGAGGAACUUGGUUAUCAAGCGCCUGGUGUUUUUAUUCCAUAUAAUCCAAAUGAAAAUGGUUCUUUAAAUAGAAGACAGAAUCAGAAUAAAAAAAAUACAAAUACAAGGCGAUAUAUGGACUCAAAAAAGAAGAGAAAUACAUCUGGCAAAGAUGAUCCUGCAAGUAGUUCUAGUAAUACAAACGUUAAAAGUAACAGGUAGUAAAUAAAAUGGUUCACACUA